GAUCAGCACGUUGAAUGAUACUGCAGUCCAAGUAAUGCACAUCAACGGAUCAUCUCAUGUACGUGUGCCCGGCAGAAAGUUCUGUAAUCUAAUACUGGUCGACUCCUACGAGAGCUUACGUGAUACGAUGAUUACAGAGGACAAUGCUGGCUACGAUGAUCACGAGUAUUACUUCAUCUUUCUGCAGAAUCGGGAUGAGUUCGUACCACAUGAGUUGCAGUUGAUCCUUAAGCAUUGUCUGGCCCAUUAUUGGCUCAACUGCAAUGUCAUGGUGCAGACGGCAAAGGUGGAGGUUCUCAUCUAUACCUACUUUCCAUAUAGGGAACAACAGUGUCAGACUGCACAGCCCGAGUUGGUGAAUCACUUUGAUGGCCAUCGCAUGAUCAAUGAACCAAUGUUUCCCAAGAAACUCACGCAGAUGCAUCAAUGUCCACUCAAGCUGGUGUUGUGGCACAUGCCACCAUAUGUGGAACUCAGCUGGGAUAAUCAGACAUCGCAGUUGCUAGCCCGUGGCUUUGAAGUCUUGUUGGUCAAUCACUUGGCACAGCGUCUCAAUUUUACACUCGUAAUGCACAAUUUAACGCUAUUGCAUGUGGAGAAGUAUCAGCUGGCAUUGGCCAAUGGCACCGCCGAAGGACCCAUUGAAUUGGCAAGUAUUCUCCACGGUUGACACAUUUUGUAUUCCUUGGUAUAUUGAAUCAUUUAAAAAAGAAACUUUAGCACGAGUUGAAAGUCUAGUGACCAAAGCAGAUUCAUGCCCCAAAAUUUGUGAUAUUGAAUAUUGUA